CGGAAGCUGUGAGAGAGGGCGCAGCGCCGUCCUCCCACCGGAAGUGUCCGAUCUGAACCAUCCUGUAGGAGAGAAGAGCUCUCAAAACUAAGACGCUGCACAAAGCAGAAGUGGGUUUUCUGGGAAUACAUUUCAUCCCAAGAUGACGACAGAAUCAAAGAAAGCUACAGCUCAGAACCUUCAAGAGAAUUCAGGACUUCUGAUAGUGAAGAUAGAAGAAGAAGAUUUUGUCUGGAGGCAGGACACUUGCUUCCAGAGAAGCGAUGCCCUCACGCAGGAGCUCUGCCGGAAGCUUUUCAGGCAGUUCUGCUACCAGGAUUCCCCCGGGCCCCGUGAGGCGCUGCACCGGCUCCGCGAGCUGUGCCGCCAGUGGCUGAGCCCAGAAAUACACACCAAGGAACAAAUCCUGGAGCUGCUGGUGCUGGAGCAGUUCCUGACCAUCCUGCCUGCGGAGCUCCAGGCCCGGGUGCAGGAGCAGCACCCGGAGAGCGGGGAGGAGGUGGUGGCGGCGCUGGAGGAUCUGGAGAGAGGUGCUGAUGACUCAGUAGUCCAGGUGCCAGUCUUUGCACACGGACAAGAAAUACUCAGGGGAAGGGUGGCGCCUCCUGGACCAGUGCUCGGUGCCCAGUUCCGGCCAGUGCACCCCAAGGCCCUUCGGGAUUCUUCAGCACCCCCUGCGCUGGCCUCUGAUAAUGAGAGUAAAAACAAUGGAUCCAUGCCAAAGUUGGACAUUUUUGAAAAAAUGGAAUCACAGAGAAUUCUAGCAGGAAGAAUUUCAGAAUUCGUGUCGGAAGGAUCUGCUGAGCCUCAAGACAUCUGUAAGUCUCCAGCCAAGUUAAAGAGGCAAUGGGAAAAAGAAUCAGGGGGAUCUCAGAGACCAUCAUCUGCUCAGGAUGGAGGUUUCAGUAAAAUCCUUACCCACAAAAAUACACUUACAAGUGAAAUAAGCCAUGAUGGAUGUGACAGAAGCUUAAACCUGAACUCAAGUGAAUUUACACACCAGAAAUCUCAUAAACACAGUACCUAUGACCAAAGUUACAAAUGGAAUUCAGAUUUUAUUAAGCAUCAAAGAAUUUAUGCUGGAGAAAAAAUUCACCAAUAUGGAAAGUCUCUCAAGAACCCAAACCUUAUAAAACAAGCAGCAAUUUUUAGUGGGGAGAAAACCCACCAGUGUAAUGAAUGUGGGAAAGCUUUCAGACACAGCUCAAAGCUUAUUAGGCAUCAGAGAAUCCACACUGGAGAGAGGCCCUAUGAAUGUAAUGAGUGUGGGAAAGGCUUUGGGGGGAGCUCAGAUCUUACUAGACACCAGAGAAUUCACACUGGGGAAAGACCCUUUGAAUGCAAAGAAUGUGGGCGAGCAUUCAGCCUGAACUCACAUCUCAUCCUGCAUCAGAGAAUUCACACCAGAGAGAAACCCUAUGAAUGUAGUGAAUGUGGGAAAACCUUCAGAGUGAGCUCACACCUCAUUCGACACCUGAGAAUCCACACUGGAGAGAAACCCUAUGAAUGCAGUGAGUGUGGGAGAGCCUUCAGUCAGAGUUCACACCUUCGUCAACACCAAAGAAUUCACAAGAGGGAAAACCUGAUAAUGUAAAGAGCUUAAAUUUUUUAUGGAAAUGCUAAAGAAAUAGCAAAACAUGAAAAACACUGAAUAAAAAAUAUUGAGAUGAAUGACUGAAA